GACACUUCGAUUAUUGUGUGUCCACACUCCUUGGUCCUGUCUAACUUCACUGAGGUGUCACCUACAGAUGUGAACUUGGGAACCUCGUUUGAUGUGAACGCGUCGGCUAUCACAGACAACAUACCACCACCGUACCUAGACAGCGAGUACCUCAGUGCCAUCUUCCAACAUGAACACGAGGCUGCUCAAACUGAGAUCCCGAACCUCCAGACCAAGCUCAACGAUGCCGUCAUGCGUCUUGAGCUGGAAGAAGCAGAAGUUUGCCAUCUGAAGGAGGUCAUAUCGGGACUCAAUAUUGACCUAGACAGCAGAGAUACCCCAGUUGUCAUGGCUCACGAAGCCAAGGUAGCUGCAGAGACUGCUCUGCAGCAACUCACCGACGAUCUGGCAACUCUUGGGGCUCGUCUUCAAUUCGACGUCUCCAGCGCUUGCCCUCUCACGCCCGAAGCCACCAGCCUUGCCGAGAAUGUCGCAAGUAUCCUCAUGGAGAGGGAAGAGAAAGUCCGAUUGGCAUGGGAUCGCAUGAGCAAGAUGUCUGCUGAAAUGGCAGCCAUCAAUGACAUUGAGCGACUUGAAAAGGAGGUGCAGAUCACCAAGGCUUUGUGUGUG